ACAAGCCGGGCGCGAGUUGCAGGCGGGCGGCGGCGCUCGCUGUAACUCGACACCGAGCGGAGAGACGGCAGCGAGAGCGGCGGCGGAGGAGGAGGAGAGGAGCCGCGGGGAGCGGGAUGGUGACCACCUCCUUCCCCUCCCCUUAGCGGCGCUCCGCCGCAGCGCCGGGGACUCUCGCCCUUCGCGGGGCCGGGCGCAGCCGGCGAUGGGGACGGGACGAGUCCCCUGAGCUCCCGGGAACUUUUCCCCGCCGCGGGCAGCCGAGCAGGCGGAUGGAGGAUGCGCUUUCCCCGGCGGGCUGCGUGACCCGGCGGCUGCAGAGGGGAGGAUGAAGAAGAAGCAGCAGCGCGGCGGGGACUGCCCGGAGCCCCGCUCCCCGGCCGGAGGGGUCCCGGCCCCGGCUCCGAGCCAGAGCGGGGGCUGGAAGAGGCGGCGGCCCCUCUCGCUGCUGCCUUUCCUCUCGCUGCGCGACUACGGCUUCUGCAUGGCCGCCCUGCUGCUCUUCUGCACGGGCUCCCUCUUCUACCAGCUCAACGGGGGGCCUCCGCACUUUCUGCUGGACCUGCGGCACUAUCUGGGAAAUUCCACUUAUUUGGAUGACCACGGACCACCCCCUCAAAAGGUACUUCCUUUCCCCAGCCAAGUGGUCUACAACAGAGUUGGAAAAUGUGGGAGUCGAACUGUGGUUUUGCUUUUGAGAAUUUUAUCAGAGAAACAUGGAUUCAACCUGGUUACAUCUGACAUCCAUAACAAAACAAGGCUGACCAAAAAUGAACAGAUGGAAUUGAUUAAAAACAUAAGCACUGCUGAGCAGCCCUAUUUAUUCACUAGGCAUGUUCAUUUCCUCAACUUCUCAAGGUUUGGAGGAGACCAGCCGGUGUACAUCAAUAUUAUUAGAGAUCCUGUCAAUCGAUUUUUAUCCAAUUAUUUUUUUCGACGUUUUGGAGACUGGAGGGGAGAGCAGAAUCACAUGAUCCGUACCCCCAGCAUGAGGCAGGAGGAAAGAUAUCUGGACAUUAAUGUAUGUAUCCUUGAAAACUACCCUGAAUGUUCCAAUCCCAGGUUAUUUUACAUCAUACCGUAUUUCUGUGGACAGCAUCCAAGAUGCAGGGAGCCUGGUGAAUGGGCCCUUGAAAGAGCAAAGCUGAAUGUUAAUGAAAAUUUUCUUCUUGUGGGCAUUCUGGAGGAGUUGGAGGAUGUGCUGCUUUUAUUAGAAAGAUUCUUACCUCAUUAUUUCAAGGAUGUGCUUAGCAUCUACAAAAACCCAGAACAUAGGAAACUUGGCAAUCUGACUGUGACAGUGAAAAAGACCGUUCCCUCUCCAGAAGCAAUACAGAUCCUCUACCAACGCAUGAGAUAUGAAUAUGAGUUUUAUUACUAUGUCAAAGAACAGUUCCACCUGCUAAAACGCAAGUUUGGACUGAAGUCUCAUAUCAGGAAACCACGUCCCAGACCUGAGUUCUUCAUUCCUUCUCCUCUGGAAACAGAGGAACCGAUAGACGAUGAGGAAGAAGAUGAUGAAAAGUGGCUAGAGGAUAUCUAUAAAAGGUGAUGGAUGGAAGAGCUAUGCUUUCUCUUCUGGUGACUUCUCCAGCUUUGUUAAGAUUUUUUUUAAUUAUUAUUAAAAGCAAUUCCUUAAGGAACUGAAUUAAUGGGGCAGCAGCAUUUCAAAUGGAACAGAAAAGACCAUUCCCACAUGCUUGGAGCCAUCAGCAGAUACUUGAUUUUGCAGGCAUAAAUCAUUAUACAGUGUUGGCUCUAUAACACUCUUGCUAUAGUAUAGUUCAAGAGAGAAUUAUCUACUAUCCAUCACAAAAUAACUUCUGGUGUAC